CACGCGGCGCCGGAGUAUGCUGAUCUGGGAGAAGAUGCUGAUGAUCCACGUACGGUACCGCAAGAGCGCCGAGCAGACCGGCAAGGACGGGGAUAAUAUCCGGUUCGUGCCGGCCGCGAUCGCCGAGCUCGUGCUGACGUUCCUAGCGGUCGUGCAGCCGCUACGGCUCGUGUUCCUACGGCAGGCUCGGCCUAACGCUCUCUUAUCGCCGUACCUGUUCUCCAAGAUCGACGGCACGGUCUGGCAGGACGAGACGGUCUCCAAGUGCCUCAGCCGUGCCUGCGCGCGCGCCGAGGUGCCCGUGUUCAAGGUCGCAUGGUGGCGGCAGGCGGCGGCCUCGAUCACCAAGGAAAAGUUCACGGCGCGGGAGCGGGCUAACUUUGAUCUCGAGGAGCUCGAUACGGUGGAAGAGGCGGCCGAAGAGGACGACCUGCUCGUAGACCUAGCCGAGGGCAGCAAUCACUCGUUCCGGA